UGUUUAAAAAACAUUCGUCGAGUUUGUUAUACAUUUUUGUAAGCAAGGUCUUCAAUAAGUUUCAAAUCAGCAGUUUUUAUUGGCCAUGGGAAAACAUCAACUCCGUUUUCAAUAUUUUUUGUAGUCACUCGUGAAACUUUAUAGUGGAAUAUCGAACUACGUAUACGUCGGUAGUGCUUAAUUAUUUUUACGUAGUUUAUUAAUAUAAAGGUACAGGUAUUGAUGAUUUAAUUAUGUGAAAAAAUUGUGUUUUCAAAUGGAUUUGACUAUUUUGGACAUGAUCCGUUCUGAGGAUAUAAAAGUAGAAGAUUUAACGACUGAUGACCUUGCAGCUUCUUCGCUCGGCACUAAAGGUGCCAUGAGAGAAAAAAGCAAAAAUGCCGCUAGGAGUAGAAGAGAAAAAGAGAACGCUGAAUUUUUAGAAUUGGGCAAGAUGCUUCCGCUUCCGGCUGCCAUUACAUCACAAUUAGACAAAGCGUCAGUAAUCAGACUGACAUCUUCGUAUCUCAAAAUGAGGGAAGUAUUUCCCGAAGGACUGGGAGAUGCUUGGGGAGCCGCUCCUGCCAUUCCGAAUCCGCGAGAAGCUCCUAUCAAAGAAUUGGGAUCGUAUCUUUUACAAACUUUAGACGGUUUUAUUUUCGUGAUAGCCCACGACGGGAAAAUAAUGUACAUAUCAGAAACGGCCUCGGUACAUUUAGGUUUAUCGCAGGUAGAACUCACAGGGAACAGUAUAUACGAAUAUAUCCAUCCGGCGGAUCACGAUGAAAUGACGGCGGUGUUGACGCCCAAUAUUUAUCCGCCGGGAAUCGCCCCUCUGCACGAACACGAAAGCGAACGGGCGUUUUUUCUCAGGAUGAAGUGUGUUUUAGCGAAAAGAAAUGCUGGACUAACAAAUAGCGGUUAUAAGGUUAUACAUUGUUCGGGUUAUUUGAAAGUGAAGCCUCUAACGACAACUGCCGGACCUUACGACGCAAAUUACUGUCAAAUAAUGGGUUUAGUUGCUGUCGGACACUCACUACCCCCCAGUUCCAUCACCGAAAUCAAAUUACAUAUGAAUAUGUUCAUGUUCAGAGCAAGUUUAGAUCUAAAAUUAAUUUUUUUAGAUGCGAGAGUUUCACAAUUAACUGGUUACGAGCCACAAGAUCUCAUAGAAAAAACACUUUACCAUUACGCACAUGGAAGUGACAUUUUGGCUUUGAGAUUAUCCCAUCAUCAACUAUUGUGCAAAGGGCAAGUAACAACCAAAUACUACCGAUUCCUCUGCAAAGGAGGCGGUUGGGUAUGGAUGCAAAGCUACGCGACUAUAGUCCAUAAUUCAAGGUCUUCCAGACCACAUUGCAUCGUAUCGGUCAACUACGUUCUGAGCGAUUUCGAAGCCAAAGAUUUAAUAUUGAGCGUAGCUCAAGGUGCCCCUCGAGACGAUCUACCGAGCUCGCCUCGUAGUCCAAUCAACCCGCCCGCAAGAACCUUGUCAUCACAAUCGAAAUAUACUUCCCCCCAUUCCGUCGCCCGUCUUCCCACAAACAUCAUAUCUUCCCAACCGUCGUCUGUAACCGACGACGACUUCAGCGACUCCAACGGCGCUUUGUCAUAUCUCGAAUAUUCAUCCGGAUACGUCAAUUACACUUACGACGAAUCCUACCAACACCAAGAAAUGUUCUAUCCCUAUUCGGAUCCGGAAAUAAGUCAGCAGCACAUAUUGGGAAGUCAUCCGCAACAGAGACCGUUCAGCGCUUCGAGCUCGUCGUGUAGUUCCUCGGAAAGUGAGAUGCAUUUACAAAAUUUAAAUACUAGUAAUUAUUGUCCCGAAUCGCAUUUUACAAUAAAUUAUUUCAAUAACAAUCAGGUCGGUCAAGGGGGACAAAUUUGGCACGGGCACGAGUUUAAACCGUUAAGUGGACAGGCGCAUACCGCGGGGUAUACUAGUGUCAUUGUGGAUGCGCAACAGUAUCAAAUGGCCAACGAGUACGUUCAUUAGUGUUAUCGGUGCGUUUUAUUUCAUGCAGGAUUUUAGAGUACAAUCAGUAUAAUAAAUAACACCACAGAAUUUAGUACAAAAACCUACUACAUCGAGUACAUACACUUUGACGGAUAUUCUCAUUGGCCAACGAGAUUAAUAGAAAUUGUUUUAAAAUAAAUUUAGAUAUUUUUAUAUGUACCUAUAUCUGAUCGUGUCAUUUAAUUUAACAAUAUUUCAUUAAAAAAAAAACUGCAUGAAAUAGAACGUUUCAAUUAUCAAUUCCGUUUUUAAAACUAUACUUGUGAAACAGUAAUAAUGGCAACCAUGUAUGAAUUGAUUCCGAUUGAUAAAUUCCUAUGCGCGUCGUACUAAAAUUUAUUCGUCAUAAGAUGUUGCCAAGCUAUUAAAACGAUAUGAGAAUCUAUUUAACAUCGAGUUAUAUUAUUUUUUAUACUUUAGUAGUAGACGUAAAAUAGUAAUUUGAGGUUAAAUAUAUCUUCUUUUAACUAUAGAGUAUUCCAAUACGGCUAGAAUUUUUAUAACAUUUCUUAACACGUUUUAAAACGUGACAACACAGCCAGUCAAUGAAAACACAAUCAGAGUUUGGAUGUUAAACUAUUUGAAAUGAGGAGUUGUUGGGAAAAAUGAAUCAGAAACGGUGUUAUACUUUGAUCUCCUAAAUAUAUAAUUUCAAAAUUUCAUGAAAUUUGAUGAAAUAAAUUGACAGUUGAUUGAAUCAGCUGACGAACGACCAAGAAUAAGCGUGCCAUCAAUGUUUUGCUUUCGUGCAUGGGAAUUUACUAGUUAUACACCAGAUGGAUACCAUAUUGGAAGCUAAUACAGUUUGAGACUUUUAAAAAAAAAAAAAUUUUACAAUUUUGUGUAACAAAAUUUAUUCUCUUCUUUUGUCACAAUAUUAUUUAAUAUAGUAGAUUUAUUUACAACUUUCUUUUUAAAUGUCAUGAAACUUGAUGAAAUAAAUUGACAGUUGAUUGAAUCAGCUGACGAACGAUCAAGGAUAAGUUUACCGUCAAUGUUUUGUUUUCGUGCAUGGGAAUUUACUAGUUAUACACCACAUGGAUAUCAUAUUGGAAGCUAAUACAGUUUGAAACUUUUAAAAAGAAAAAGUUUUACAAUUUUGUGUAACAAAAUUUAUUCUGUGAUUUUGUCACAAUAUUAUUUAAUAUAGUAAGUUUAUUUGCAACUUUCUUUUUGUAAUAGAAUUCAAUUGUAUAAACACAAAGUAGUAUUGACAACUUUCUAUAGUUUUUAUACAAUUUUUAUAAUUUAUUACAAUGUUUUCGUUUUAAAUGGUUCAGACUGUACAUUAAUAUGUUAUAUUAUUGUAUAUUUUUUAUCCCGAUCAAGGUGCCAUACCUUUUUGGUAUAUAUUUUAUUUUUUUACACCAAUUUUAUUUGUUUAUUUUAAAAAAAUAUAUAUACAAUAAAAAAUCACUUUUAUUUUUAUUAUUUAUAUAGAUAUGACAAUAAUUUUUGACUGUGAAUAUAAUGUGUAUACAGAAAAUUGUACAGUAAAUUUAAAGUACCAUAUUAUUAUAUACCUAAACUUAUUCAACCAAAUAAAGGUUUUCUGUUAUUUUAUAAA